AUGUCGACUGCAGGUCGGUACAAGCACGUGGUGAAGCUCGGUGAGGGCACGUACGGCAGCGUCUACAAGGGCACGGAAAUUCAAACAGGCAAGGUGGUUGCGUUCAAGCGUAUGGUAGUCACCAGCGAUGACGAGGGCGUCCCUGGCGCCGCUAUCCGCGAGAUUUGCCUGCUGAAGGAGCUUCGGCACGAUAAUGUAGUGGACCUCUUUGAGGUCCUCUUUGAGCCCCCGAAGAUAACAAUGAUCUUUGAGCUGUGCGACUGCGACCUGAAGCGGUUCAUGGAGUCGCGCCCGAAGCGCUUGCUGGAUGCCGAGGCAGAGAUGCGACCCAUCCUGAAGCAGAUUUUCAUUGGGCUCGAAUACCUCCACAGUCGUAACGUGGUGCAUCGUGACAUGAAGCCACAAAACAUUUUCGUCAACGUGCGCGCACCAGACUUUGCGGCGUUGACGGCCUCUCCAUCUUAUCAUCAUCACCCGCAGCCACCGCACUUCAGCGGUGUCCCGACUUCUGUUGGUGGGGACGGCCAGCUGACGGCAGGGCCUAGUGAGCGUUCAAGUCUGUUUACCGGAGCUGGCGGCGUCUCGCCGUGGGAGGCGGCGGCGGAGGCACCAACGAACAAGCCGAACCAGCUGAUUGUGAAGAUUGGUGACUUUGGCCUGGCGCGUGUGGAGGAGAUCCCGGUGAAGAAGUACUCACACGAGGUGGUGACGCUAUGGUACCGCAGUCCUGAUGUGCUGAUGGGUUCCGCCCUGUAUUCCUAUCCAGUAGACAUCUGGUCCAUGGGGGCCAUCUUCUUUGAAAUGGCAACAAGCAAGGUGCUGUUUUGCGGCCGCCACGAGGACGAUCAACUUUUGCGCAUGUUCUGGUUGUUAGGCUCACCGACGCGAGGGACAUGGCCAUCCAUGCUCUCCUACCCCGGCACGGUGGAGCGGGUCGAGCGUGCGUCGCGCGCGGCAGCGGAGCGUCCCGACUUGCGUUUCGGUAGCGACGUGCACGUGCAGCAGCAGUCAUCCUCCUCGCAGUCCCACAAUGGAACUCGUGCUCCAGACCUUCUUACGCAGAUUGCGCACAAGCGCUUUUACCACAGUUUGAAGGUUGUGCAGCAGCGAGAGGAGAGCGCCCGCACCUCAGCUAACACGUACCAGCUUCCUGUCGAGCUGUGGUUCGACCGCCCGCUGUUCAACGAGUACAUGUCCGCCGUAGGCCUUGAUUCUUGCGUGACAGCGGAGGGAGUGGAGCUUCUGCGCCAGUGCCUCCAGUAUGAGCCUAGUCACCGCAUCACGGCGGCGGCGGCGGUCCGCCAUGCGUACCUGCAUGCGGUUCCCGUCCCCACAGCCGGUGCGUUGGACGUUCUCAUGACUUCUUUGCUGCAGACGAUGGAGGCCUGUCAUUUGCUGUGA